GUGCAGCCUCCACACAGCCGGAGCUACACACUGCAGCAGCGCCGAUCCAUACACUCACACACCAACAAACACUCACGUGUGGGUUUUAUAGCUGCCUGUUUCUGGGGGAGCACGCUCUACCUCCGAGGGUGUGUGUGUAUGAAUGUGUGUGCGUGUGUGUGUGUGUGGAGUGGAUCUGCAUGAGAAUGUGUGAAUGAUCUUUUUUCUUUUCUUGUUUUCUUUUUUUUUUUGUAGAGCAUCUUUGUAUGUGAGCAGCAUGUGUGCACAGUGAGAGUGAGGAUGCGAGGCGGGCAGGUGUUGUUGUGAUCAGUGGUGGAGUUUUUGGUCGUGCUAUCGUCGUGCUGUUUUGUCCCUCCCCUCCUCCUGGUUAUCUUGUGAGGGCAAAAAAGCAUCCUGCUGGGAUGUCCACCUCUCCUGGAGCAACAGACGGAAGCCAAAGGAACUCUGUGGAGCUGGACUCGGAGCAUGCACAGAGGGUCCCGGGGGCCGAGCAGGGUGGGGUCCCGCCCCCCCAGGUCAAGCUGAAAGAGAGGCAAAAGUUCUUCGAGGAGGCCUUCCAGCAAGACAUGGAGCAGUACCUGUCUACCGGCUACCUGCAGAUUGCUGAGAGGAGAGGGCCAAUAGGCAGCAUGUCGUCCAUGGAGGUGAACGUGGACAUGCUGGAGCAGAUGGAUCUGAUGGACAUGUCUGACCACGAGGCCCUGGACGUGUUUCUGCACUCCGGGGGAGAGGAUAACAGCGCCGCCUCGCCUGUCACAGGUCCGGACGUGGAGUCCUUCACCACAGAGAUCAGCCUCCAGGUUCCCACCCAGGCCGAGCUGCGCCACAAGCUCUCCUCCCUGUCUUCCACCUGCACCGACUCUGCCAGCCAGGACACAGAGGCUGGGGAGGAGGACGACGACGAGGAAGAGGAGGAGGUCGAGCGAGGAGGAGGAGGAGUUGCUGGGGCAGGAGGGAGGAGGAGGAGGCCCCCGUUGGUGGUGACCCAGGACGACGAGGAGGUGCACCCCGACACGGUGCUGGUGGACAGGGUGGAGCGAGAGGAUCAGAGCAGCAAAGACUGUGAGGAGAGCAGGUCAUAGGUCUGAGGAGAGAGACUGGACAACAUAUGCACAUGGAAACACACACACACAUACACACACACAUACAUACACAGCAUACACCGGCUUUUCAUAUUCACCUCAUGUUUAGGAAGAACAUAUGAGAGAAUUUCCCAGAGGUUGGUCUAGUUGCCAUGUGACCGGGCCUAUAAAGAGCCCUGGAGUGAGUUUUCAAUUCCAUUUGUAUCCUAUAUAGCAGGUUUUGGUUUCCCAACAGCAUCUCAAUGAGUUUACAUGCACAUUAAUAUUUUGAUAUUAUUCAGAACACUGUAAAAUUCUGCUUUUGUGUUUGUGCAAGUUGAGACCAUAUCCUGUUUAUAAUAGCCAGGAGAAGCCUGUUGUUGUUCAGUGAUCAGAACAUAGACCCAAAAGUCAUCCAUGUGUCCCUGUCAGGUAGUUUGCUCUCAAGAGUCUCUACUGUGCCAAGAGACACUUGGUUACUAGGAUUAUCUCAAAAGUGAGACACGACAACUUCACUCUAAAGCUAAUGAUAAGCAGUGUUAUACGUCUGAUGGUUUUAUUUAGGAGAUUAGAGAAAUAACCAUGAAAUGUGAUAUAAACAUAUCAUGCUCCUUUGAACUAUGUUUCCUGUUUCCAUGGUGCGACUAAACAAUUAAUCAAAUAUUAUUGAAAUGGAAACUUGGCCAUGUUCAAUACCCCAAUUUUUUCUUUGUCUAUAAGGUAAAUUGUGACAAAACACCAUGAUAAUUGAAGUAUUAUGGUGCUUCAGAGAUGCUCUGGCAUAUAAAUUGUACUCUGCAGGCAGAAGAAAACAUUUGUUUGGUCCAGUCCCCAGAAAAUCAUCACAAUGAUACUUUUUUUCCAGUAAAAAUGAAGAUUAGUAUGCAAAAAUUAUCAUUUCUACCAAAAUUGUGAAUUACAUCACAAUUACAAUAUUGUGUUUAGCCCAUAGGAAGUGAACAUAACAAGACAUGAGAACGUGCACACAAAUAAAAUAACUGGUAAGCGGUUAAAUACAACCUCAGAGUUAGCAUGGACAACUUGAGUGAAUGAUCUACAAAGGACACAUGGAUGAUUUUACUUAUUGCUCACUGGGCAAACUGAGCAACAGGCCACUCCCCUAACAACAUGGUGUAUUCCUUUAACUGAGCUAUGAGCUGCUAUCUGCAAUACUGUGCAUAUAAACUCACCUCACCUGGUUUUUGUAAGAUGGGCCACAUUCUGUUUGGCAGUCAUCUGGCAAUUGGUUAUAAACCACAUAGUACUGUAUAAAUGACUAGACUGGUGGAGUUCAGGUAUCAGGCUAACAUCUGCCAUUUUACACACACACGCACACACACACACACA